CUUUCUUGAUGGUACUAGAGAUUGAACUCAGGGCCUUAUGCUGCACUUUUGCUCCAGCAAAGUUCACUGUGCACCCACUCAGGGAUGCUUGUAGACCUCUAGCAGCUCACAGUGCCCCUUUCUUCCCCUUGCAGGACAAGUGCAGCCCACCCCUCAGUACAGGUUCCGGAAGAGGGACAAAGUGAUGUUUUACGGCCGGAAGAUCAUGAGGAAGGUGACCACGCUCCCCCACACACUUGUUGGAAAUACAGCCACACCCCGGCAACGAUCCAGGAAGAGGACUAAGAUGCUGUCUUUGGCUAAGAGGAUUCUGCGUUUCAAAAAGGAAUACCCCACUCUGCAGCCCAAGGAACCCCCACCCUCCCUGCUGGAGGCUGAUCUCACAGAGUUUGAUGUGAAGAAUUCUCAUCUCCCAUUGGAAGUAUUGUACAUGCUGAAAAAUGUCCGGGUCCUGGGCCACUUUGAGAAGCCACUGUUUCUAGAGCUUUGCAAACACAUGGUCUUUGUGCAGCUGCACGAGGGAGAGCAUGUCUUCCAGCCAGGGGAACCAGACACUAGCAUCUAUGUGGUGCAGGAUGGACGACUUGAGGUCUGCAUUCAGGACACCGAUGGCACUGAGGUGGUGGUCAAAGAGGUUCUGGCGGGAGACAGUGUGCACAGCCUCCUCAGCAUUCUGGACGUUAUCACUGGUCACACUGCACCCUACAAAACAGUCUCUGCCCGUGCAGCUGCCCCAUCCACUAUCCUCCGGCUUCCAGCAGUGGCUUUUCAAGGAGUUUUUGAGAAAUACCCCGAAACCCUGGUGAGGGUGGUACAGAUCAUCAUGGUGAGGCUGCAAAGGGUGACCUUCCUGGCUCUGCACAACUACCUGGGUCUUACCACGGAGCUCUUCAAUCCUGUGAGUGCAGCACCACCUACACAGCCUGCAGUGACUCAUGCUGUCAGGGUGGCAUCAGCUGUCCUGAGGGCACCCUUGCCUGUGUGGGCCAGCUCAACCCAGGCUGUGGAUUUUCAGGACUUUGGGAGGUGACAGUGGUCUGAGUUUACAUUUCUGCUUAAGCAGAUGCCCACUGAUGUGUUGGGUGACUCCUGGAAGUCACCCAGUUGGGUGACUUGGGGUGGGUUGAGCUACUCAGACACUGGAGCUUAUCCGGCCUCACUGCUCACUAGUAGCUGUGCCAUGCUCCUGAGGCUGAUGUUCUAGGACAGCAUGGUGUCUGAACCUGGGCCAAGGCCUUCCUUAUCCCCUGCUUUGCACAGAGUGCCACCUGCCCAGACACCAUGGCUGUGGAGUGAGCCAUCACUUCUUCCUGUCUCUCCAGUCCCUCUUGCUGGCACUUGACUCUGUGUCCUGCCCUUGACUGACACUCACUGAGCUGAUACUGAGCUGUGACCUUUUGGGAGGGGAUAAAACAUUGCCUAGUGUGCAAGACCCUCAAAUCUUGACUCUUCCACUUCCUGGUGUGACCUGGCCAGACACCUAGCCUGUGAAGUGAAAUGAGACUAGUUCCCAACUAGAAGAACUCU